UAUGAGUGCCACCUCAGCAGAAAUCACUAAAGUGACUCUUUUAAUGUAUAGGGGGAUGUUUCUUUCAUUUGUAACCCACGAGGUGACGAAAUCUUCGAGAAUUAGAUUGGGUUCCACACUUUUCACUAUCUCUUUCGAAAUUGGGAGACGUUGCUCAUCAUUGUCAUUUUCGACGCUCAUGAGAUGCACCAGUAUCCCUCACCUAUAGAUUUUAAUGAAUUGCUGAAUGACCCCUCCUCGUUUUUUGUUUUGUUAAUGAAACUAAACUAGAUUUUUACCCGCGCACCCGCGCAAGUGUAUUUUAAAAAAAUAUGUUGCUAUUUGUUUUUCAUGUCAAUAUUAGGCUAGAAAAAAAAUCCAAAUUUGAAGAACCGAACCGAUCCCAAUCCGAAAGAGUAGUACCAAAACUGAACCGAAAUUGAUUAAAUAUCCAAAUUAUUCAAAAUUUUGAUAUUUAGAGAUUCAAAAUCUGAUCCGAACCGGAGUAUUUCAGAUACUCAAAUGUAUUCGAAAAAUCUGAUCCCACCCUUUUUUUUUUUUUUUUUUAGAUAUAUAUAUAAUAUUUUUAUAAGCCCACAUUCUCUCAAAGCGAUGGCGAUGGCGACGACAAAGGGGAUCUAGGGUUCGAUGUUUGAUUUCUUGAAAUUUUCGGGGGAUUUACGGAAUGAUUCGGGAAAUACAAAUGGAGAUACUCCUUCGAUGGAUGGAUUUGGAAUAUCACGUGAAGGAAACAGAGGAAUCGCAAGAUGGCGACACAGGGAUUUGAUUUCGAAGAAAGGUGUUAAGGGAUUUGGCUGGAUAUUGGAGAUCUGGGAAAUUAAGGGAGUAUCUGAUUGGUUCGGAUUGCUCCGACUCUCCCAAACUAUUCUGGAAAAUAUUCUGUGUAAUCAAGAUCUCAGGGAGAGAAGGAGUACUAUAAAAGGGGAAGAGAGGCGAGACUUCAUAUCAUCACUUUACAACAAAGCAAUCUCUUUUCCCUUAUAUUCCUUUUGGUUGAAUUCUUUGUGAUUGUCAUCAACAUGACUCAAGGACAGCUUCUUGUUAAGGCGGGGAACAAAAAUGGUGGUGAAGCUGCCCGCAAGCCCUUGAGAAUCACAAUGCCUCAUUUUGACAAUUCGGCGCUCAUCCAAAACUAUGACAAGACCCUGAUUGGCAAGUGUAUGAAUCCUCAGGAACAAGACGUCACGGCUUUGAUCAUCAUGCUGCCAAAAAUCUGGAAAGUGGAAGACAGGGUCGCUGGAGCUGAUCUUGGUCUUGGAAGGUUUCAGUUUGAUUUCAAUAAUGAAGAAGACAUCGAGGAGGUCUUGAAGAUGCAGCCGUACCACUUUUAUUACUGGAUGAUCUCUCUCGUGAGGUGGAAGCCAGUGAUGGAGAAGAGCUACCCCACGGAGAUCACCUUUUGGGUCCGUGUCUUGGGGGUUCCGCUACAAUAUUGGGCAGAGCCGACUUUUGAAAGUAUUGGAGGAGCUUUAGGUAAUGUCGUGGAGGUGGACCUUGAGUACGGGAGAGUUAAGGUGGUCGUCGAUGGAGCACAGUGUCUCUGUUUCGAGACAUCAGUGGAUUUUUGCGGUGGGGAAUUCUACGGAGGAGGGGAGGAGCUGAUCGCAUUGAGAUAUGAGAAGCUCUUUGGUUACUGUUCUAUGUGCUUCAGCUUAUGUCAUGAUAUGACAAAGUGUCCAUUGAAUAUGGAAAGCCCGAAGGGAAAGAUUGAAGCGCGGGAGGCAAGAACCGAGAGGGGUGGAGAACGAGCAGCAAGUUAUAAAGGGGUUGUUAUCAAUGGUAACGAUGGUCGUCGGGAGCAAAACAAUGAGGGCAGAGCUUAUCAAGGGAAGGGUAAGGGGAAAAUGGUGGAGGAUGAUGAGACAAACUGGGUCCGUGUGUCAGGAAGAGAUACCAGGAGGCCGAGUGCUGAUGGAAGCCGCUUCAAGGGUGAGGAGAUAGAUUCACGCUACCGUCGGCCCAGGCAUGAGCUCAACAGGAACUCCAUUCAGGAUGGGCGUUACAGGUCUUCAGGGUUCCGAGGAGUGAGAAGAGAACGUAGUCCUCGAGAAAACUUUCUAAAUCAGGAGAGGAGUAAGGGGCGCACUUAUGAGGGCACCAUGAGAUCUUCUCAACCCUUAGAGCCAGUGGUAACAAACCGGGAAGCGUCUCAGCAGAGAGAAGGCGAUGUGAUUUUGGCACCUGUCAAAGGGCUCGGAGCUGAUCAGGUAUGUAUGAGGAACGAGGUGGUCGAGAAUGGACUUGAUGUUAUCAAUGAAGUAAUGUUGGAACAGGAAACUUUGGUGAAAACGGAUGAUAUGGAUACUGAUGAAAAUGAUCCUUCACUGAAGGAGGGGGUGGUGACCAUUGAGGGGGAGGAGGAGUUUCAGGAUGUUACGGAUGAGGAGGCUGAUGGGAACCAGGCUCUAGUACAAGGUGACAGUGCCGCCAGUGUUGAGAUUGGUGAAGAGGGAGAGCUGGAGAAGAUAGAGAAUACGGUUGGGGGGGGAGAAGAACAAAGGACCAAAAAAGAAGUUGUUCAAAGGAGUUCCACUUGUGGUUGGCACUUCCAAGAUGAGGAUGGUGCAUUCUCUAAUCUCACCGCGCAAACGCAUUCAGAGCAAGUCGACUUCCAGGCAGGGAGAGGGUACGAAGCAUGGCGAGGGAACAAAGCAUGGUGCGGAGCAGGGUACUUCAAACCCUAAACCUCCAAUCAACAAACAGUGAUGUUUUUUAUGGAUUACAAUCAUGAAGAAGUGCGAGCUCGUGUGAUGGUUUCACGUUGUGGUGGUUUAAUUUCUGUUUUCUUAAUAAGCUCAUUGAGCAAUGUCUGGUUUUUAUGGUUAAGUAUUAUUUUACUGGUUUUGUAUUGGCCUCAAUCUCUAUUCAUGGUUCGUUUAUGGAAUAAAAUUGGUUUUUUUGGUUUA